AAUUUAAACGCUGUUUUCGUUGUAAACUCAAACAACUUAAGAGACAAAACCAUGUCGUUCGAAGUACAAGUAAAGGUGGAAGAAAUAAAUGUCAAGAAAGAGCCAGAGUGGGACGACAGAUUUGAAGAUUGCAGAAAGAAACCUGAGUAUAAUGACGAGGGUACAAGAGCCUCCGAUGAAUUGUACGUUGAUCAUCUGGUGAAAGAUGAAUUUGUACUCGGCCCAGAGAAUUUUCAUCGUUAUAUUGCAGUUCCAAAUGUCCGUGACUCAUACUUGUUGAAAAAUUGCCAGCAGGAACCAGGGUUGGAGUCUCAAAGCAACCAAGUGCCACAACCGCAGCUCCGGGACUGUUUUGUGAGACUCGAGCGACUCCCAACCUCAAAAAUUCAGCGCGCCAGACACAAGUAUACUCACGGACAACGUGACAGUACACCAAGAUUUAAAAAUGACCAAAACGAAGUUACAAGUGCUAAGACUUAUAGUUGCAAGACUUGCGGAGAAGAAUUCUCAGUAAAAAGACUGUUUACCGACCAUUUACAACAGCACUACAGCCAGUCUAGGCCGUAUAAAUGCCAAUCGUGUAAACUUUCAUUCGCGGACCAAACCCAUUUAAGAAGACACGCAUUGGUACAUAUUCUUGAUACGAAAAGCAACACUUGCAGUAAUUGCAACGCACAAUUUGCAUCAAGAUUUGGACUAAUCACACAUGUUCGAAAACAUUUAAGAGAGACUACUUGCCAAAUAUGCGACAAGACAUUUUCAAGCACAUACGCUUUGGACAAACAUAAUCGUAUACACACGGGUGAAAAGCCAUACAGUUGUGACAUAUGUGGGCAGGAUUUCAUACACAAGUCUUCCUUGGUUGCUCAUAUACAAAUGCAUGAUGGAUCAAAAGAAAAAUUCUUAUGUGAUAUAUGUAACAAAAACUUUCCCUAUCAAGGACUUCUUCUUGCUCAUAGAAGAUCUCAUACUGGAGAAAAACUAUUUUCUUGUGAAAUAUGUGGUAGAAAGUUCACCACUAAAAACAAUUUAAAGAAGCACAAACUUACUCACACAGCAAAUUUGAAUGAGCGACGUUUUUCCUGUGAUAUAUGUAGAAAGAAGUUCAUUCGUAAAGAUCAUCUAAUUAGUCACAAACGUUUACACACAGGGGACAAGCCUUUUGCGUGCGAAAUUUGUAACAAGUAUUUUGGACGUAAGGACAGUCUAGUGUACCACUUAAAAACGCAUUCUCCUCGAACUGACAUUAAAAAGCCUCACAAGAGUCACAAGUCUCACCACUGCAAAAUUUGCGGACACAAGUUUAGAAUCAAAUCUCACUUAACAAGACAUGAGCUCAUUCAUAGUGGAGAGAAACCUUAUAGUUGUGACAUAUGUAAACAGUCCUUCAGACACCAUUCAACGUUAAAGUGUCAUAUGAGAACACACACUGGUGAAAAGCCGUACAAAUGUGCGGUGUGUUCAAAACGGUUCACGUCUAGUGGUAAUUACAAUAAGCAUAAGCGAGAGGCACAUAGUUAACUUUAAGUUUAUUUUGCUUGUAAGUUUCAUAGUUUAUGUGUGUUAUAACCAUUGACAAGUAUAAUACGCAUAAGUGAGCUGCAGAGGAAUAAAAAAACGACGACGAAUCGAUUACAAAAUUUAAAAAGCAAAAUAAAAACAUUUUAGAUAACACCAAUCAUCGUACAAUAAAGCAUGA